AUGCACACCACGCAGCCCUCGAGCUCGAAAUUUCGAAGGCAUCCCAGUGCGGCGCUUAAUCCAUCCUCUCAAUGGCCCACGUCGCAUCGCAACUUGCCUUCCUCCGAAUCGGCCUGGCCGAGGCUGCAGCUUUCUGGUGACGGUGAGGCACGCUCUUUGUUCCUUCGCUCCGCUGCGAGCGGACGAGAUCAGCGAGAUCGCCUUGCACAAGAAUUGCAAGAGAUGCUCGCCCAAGUGCAGAGCACGCUGCUCUUGAAGUGUGCCGAAGGAACGGAUGCAGGCUCUGAUGAGGAGGAGCUGGCAGCUGAGCGCCUGGAGCUGGAUGCACAGCUGAUCUCGCAAGAGCUGCCGCUGCUCACCUCAAGCCCGCUACAGGGCAUCCCGCAGCCGGUCCUCAAGGCCAUGGCGGGGCUUUGUGGCGUGGAGGAGCCAGGGGACAAGGAUCUGGACCUUGAUGGACGCUUUCCCGUGCACUGGGCAGCACGCCAGGGCAGGCGAGAUGUCAUCGAGUUCCUUCUUCGCUACAUCUCUGUGGGCGACGGGUUGAACCAACGCGACCCCGACGGACGGACACCGCUCUUCUAUGCCGAGCGCGCUGGAAAUGAUUCGCUGGCAUUGUUUCUGCGAGAGAACGGCAGCGAUGCCAAUCCACAGGAACCGGUUCGCAGAAGACCUGCCACAAGCACCAUUCCAGAUGCCUUCACCGAUGUGAUCAAAGUUGUCGAAGAAAGAGGUUGGCAUGCGGUGAACUGGAUGGAGGGCUUCACCAUGCUUCAUUGGGCCGCAGAGAAGGGCCAUUCUGAUUUCUGCAGGUACUUUGUGGAUCUGAAUGCUGAUCUGAAUGCUGUCGACAGCCGAGGGCGCACAGCUCUUCAGUGUGCUGUGGACUCCAAGAACGCAGAAGCUGAGUUGGUGCUGCGAGAGCUCAUGGGCCUGCCUCAGCGGACGGAUGAGCCCGGAGCCCCAUGCGAGGAGCCACCGGAAAUGCCUGAACUUGUGUCAGCCGCGGCUUCUAACCAGCAACAUCUCGGGAUUCCUGCUGCGUAUGUUCGUGUCAUGCGGCAGAUCGACUUGAUAGGCUGGGACAAGAUGCAGUGGGCUCGCGGGUUUACGCUUCUGCAUUGGGCUGCGAAGCACGACAGAGCAGAUCUCUGCGAACUUUUUUUGUGGCACGGAGCCGACCCAGAGCACAGAGAUGCAUCCGGCCACUCUGCUCUCGACUAUGCGAGACUACGGCAGCCGGAAGCUUCCGCUGUCGUGGAUGCUUUACUUCGUGGCAGGCCGUCGAUGAAGCCGACGGUGGGCUGA